AACCGAAUAAAAAAUGACCACAUUAAAUUCUGUUAGAUCAAACAAAAACUAGCCAAAAAUUGCCAAUGGGAUGGGAUGUAUAGAUAAAGAAAGAGAAGAGUAUGUAACGAUGUGAUGCUUGUGGGACUAAUUAUUGUGCAAUCCGUCUCCACCGAGGGCCAGCCCAAACACAACACGCGCGCGCGCACACAUAUAAAUACUGCUUAGCGUGCGUGUGUGUGAGCGAGAUAUUUUUGGUCAUAGGCACCUACCUAACUCCCGGUGCUGGCUGAUCUAGUCGCUGUACAAACUCUUCAAUUUGCAACCAAAUUAGAGAAAUCAAACAUGGGGUCGAUUGCUAAAAAAGGGUUAAAUCAAUACUUGAUGCAGCUUCAGCAACAUCCUCUCAGAACUAAGGCAAUUACAGCGGGGACGUUAGCAGGGCUUAGCGAUAUAGUUUCUCAGAAACUCACUGGUAUACAGAAACUUCAAUUGAAACGUAUACUUCUUAAAGUGAUUUUUGGAGUUGCUUAUCUUGGUCCAUUUGGACAUUACCUGCACAUAAUUCUAGACAAAAUUUUCAAGGGGAAAAGAGAUACAAAAACAGUAGCCAAGAAGGUGCUGCUGGAGCAGGUGACUUCUUCUCCUUGGAACAACCUGCUUUUCAUGGUUUACUAUGGGAUGGUUGUGGAAGGAAGACCUUGGGUUCAUGUGAAAGCUAAAAUAAAGAAGGACUAUCCAACAAUACAAUAUACUUCAUGGACGUUCUGGCCUGUUAUUGGUUGGAUCAAUCACCGCUAUGUGCCCCUGCAAUUCCGGGUGAUUCUUCAAAGCUUAGUUGCAUUUUGCUGGGGAAUUUUUCUAAAUCUUCGAGCACGAUCCAUCGUCUUACCAAAGCCCAAAUGAAGAAACUCAGUUUGCUUGAAUAAGUUAAAGCACCUAGAUCCCAGCUAUUAUUAUUCUGUUAAGUAAAUGAUCUAUUUUGAGCAAUCAUGAACUCAGAAGAGUACUUCUCUAGAUCUUGAACUUUGUUUGUUAUAUAUACUGGAUCUUAUUCUUAAAUUCUUAAUGAUUCCCAUCUUAAGCCAGUUUUGAUGUUUCAUCAUGACCUGGUUGUUAUCCAAUCAUUAAGCAAUCAAGAUCUUUAUUUAUAUUCUAAUAACAGAAAUGUUGAUUGCUAUACUAAAA